CGCUAUCUCUCUCUCUCUCUUUCCUCUGUCUCUCUCACACUUUAUUAUUUAUUAUAGUAUCAUAAUUGUUAUGGAUCCAUCGCUCAAUUACUUCUAUAGCAUCAAAUCAAACAGUGAAGUGCAUUGAUCGCCACCGAACUCAGCUAGGCUUCUGCUGUAGACCUCUAGCGUCUGGCCCAGCGAAGCAAGCUCCUCAAAUUUCAUUUCAUUCACUAGCUUCAACCUCGCGGAAAUGAUUGAGCUCCACUGAAGUCUGUGCAGUUGACUUGAUGUUCUUCUUCUUCUUACUGAUUUAAUCCUCCUCUUCCUACUUGUGCUUACUGAUUUAAUUCUGUGGUAAUUCAGGGGGAUCAAAAUGAUGGAUAAAUGAGUAGACAAGAGCUUUGAUCAGUUACGGCUGACCGGGGACAGUUGCUCAUUUUGGUAGCGAUCUGCUGCUUCUUCUGAUAUUCAUUUUGGAAAGCGAAGGGAUUUGUUGAGCGAUCAUGAAGAGGAAGAGAUUGGAUGAAAGCAGUCAUCCACUUGAUACAUAUCCCUUCGAGGCAUAUUGGUGGGGCUCUUGGCAUGCUGUGGAGCGCUUAAGAAUUAAGGAUGGAGCCAUUACCAUGCAUGUAGUAGAUAAUGGGGAGGUGAUCGAGGAGAUGAUUCCAACGUCAAAUCUCCGAAUGAGGUCAAGGAAGGCCACAAUUAAUGAUUGUUCAUGCAUCUUGAGACCCGGCCUUGAUGUAUGCGUUCUGACUGCUUCAUCCGAUACAGAAGACUCGAGUGAAGACUCGCUUGUCUGGGCUGAUGCCAGAAUAAGAUCUAUUGAAAGGAAGCCUCAUGGUGCUAUAUGUGCUUGCCAUUUCUAUGUCAGUUUCUAUAUCAGGGAAGAUGCCGCUCUUACGUUGCAGAAAAAACUUAGUAAAGAAACAACAAGGGUGCAAAUUGAUCAGAUUAUGAUUCUUCAGAAACUUGACUCAGUACCUUCUGAGAAUCAGCACUACCGAUGGAGAACGUCAGAGGAUUGCUCUUCUCUUCUGAAGUACAAACUUUUCACGGGAAAAUUCUGCUCCGACCUUACAUGGCUGGUUGUCGCAUCCAUUGUAAAGCAAGCCAUUUUUGACGUAAGGUCAGUAGAAGGUCGAAUGGUUUAUGAGGUCCUCGAUGUUGAUUGCAGCACCGAUUCUGGCAGUAAUUCCUAUUGUGUGAAUUUCAAAUUAGACAAUGGAAUAUUGUCCCCCAUCAUUGUCCAAUUUGUUCCAGGCAUUGGGAAAAGAACCGGAGACGAGAUGCAUACUGAUGCACCACUGUGCCUUUAUGAGCCCAUGGACUUGCGUCGGUCAAAGCGCCGCUUUGUGCAGCCUGACCGUUAUUUGGGUUGUGAUGUGCCCGAGUUUGAUGUUGAAACUCCAAGAAUAGGGGGACGAAAGAUGUGCAAAUGGGAUUAUGAGGAUGAGGAGUGCGAGGAAAUGCCACUUGCACUAUCAAUUCAGGCUGACCACAAAUAUCAGAAGCAUGAUGAAAAUGAAAACAGGGAUUUCUCUUGCAAAAGAAGAUCAGACAAGAAUAUUCGUGUAUGUGGAAGUGCAGACAAAUCAACUGUCUCUAAAAAUUCUGAAAGCCCACCAACUCGGGAGAAGAAACAAUCUGACCAAUCACAACUUGCUUUGGUUCCCUUGUCAAUAUCUUCAGAGGGCAAAUCAAUUCUGCGUGAACUGGACGCUUCAUAUGAUGAAAAUCCUGAAGGUCAUUCUGGAAAUAUUGCUGACCUUAUUUCCAGGUAUCUUUAUGAAAAUGGUUCCACCGCCAAAGGACGCAAAAAGAAGGCUUCUGAGUUAAACUUCAACAGGAAGGAGCAUGGAUUCAUGGUACAACAUUUACCCAGAAAAACAUACAAGAGAAGUGCAUUUUGCAUCCGUUCUGAAUGGGAGAGUAUAUACAAUAUGAAGCCUUCUGGAAAGAAAUCAUUUAGUGCUGCUGCAUGCAGAGAAUUGUUGACAAGAUGCAUGGAGAACAUUGACGCAACCAUCAAUAUGGAACAGCCACCAAUUAUUGAUCAAUGGGAAGAGUUCAAGUCAACAAAAUUUCAGAACCAAAAGGAAACUAAUGACAAAGCUGAAAAGAAUCAUGAAGAGGAAAUCUCUGAAAUUGAUAUGUUGUGGAAGGAAAUGGAACUUGCCCUGGCAUCUUGUUAUUUUCUUGAUGAUGGUGAGGAAUCUCAUGCAUUUCCAACUGAAAGGAAACUGUCAACUGAGAAAGGUGGAACAGGAUGUCACCAUGAUUAUCGACUCAAUGAAGAAAUUGGAGUUAUUUGCCGGCUGUGCGGAUUUGUGAGCACAGAAAUAAAGGAUGUCUCACCCCCAUUUUGGUCAUCUGCAAGUGGGUUUGUACAUAAGGAGCAAAGGGCUGAAGAAAAUUUAGAGCAUAAGCCCAAUGGAGCUGAAGGCCUCGAUAAUUUUCAAGUCCCAGCUUCCUCCAAGGCACCUUCAUCAGAAGGAGAAGUGGAGGACAGCGUGUGGGCCUUAAUUCCUGAUCUUAGAAGUAAAUUGCGUGCCCACCAAAAGCGAGCUUUUGAAUUUCUCUGGGGAAACAUUGCUGGAUCUUUAGUACCAGCUCUUAUGGAAGAAAAGAGCAAAAGAAGAGGUGGUUGUGUUAUUUCUCAUACACCUGGAGCUGGCAAGACUUUGUUGAUUAUAACUUUCCUUGUUAGCUACUUGAAACUAUUUCCAGGUUCUCGACCUCUGGUGCUCGCUCCUAAGACAACACUUUAUACAUGGUACAAGGAAGUAAUUAAGUGGAACAUUCCUAUUCCCGUUUACCAGAUUCAUGGUGGCCAAACAUAUAAAGGUGAAGUUUUAAGGCAAAGAUUGCGCUCAAAUGCAGGUCUUCCUCGAAACCAAGAUUUUAUGCAUGUCUUGGAUUGUCUGGAAAAGAUGCAGAAGUGGCUUUCCCAUCCCAGUGUCCUUCUCAUGGGUUAUACCUCAUUCCUGACAUUGACGAGAGAAGGUUCAAAUUAUGCUCACCGGAAAUAUAUGGCCCAAGUUCUGCGGCAAUGUCCGGGGAUUCUAGUACUUGAUGAAGGGCAUAACCCAAGGAGUACGAAAUCAAGGCUAAGGAAAGCUUUGAUGAAAGUUAAUACGAAACUCAGAGUAUUACUUUCCGGUACCUUGUUUCAGAAUAAUUUUGGGGAGUAUUUCAACACUCUUUGCUUGGCAAGACCAAACUUUGUGAAAGAGGUGUUGAAAGAGCUGGAUCCGAAGUAUAAGAGGAACAAAAAAGGUCAAAAAAACCGCUUCUCGCAGGAAAAUAGAGCAAGAAAAAUGUUCACUGACAAAAUUUCGAAGCUCAUCGACUCAAAUAUACCUGAUGAAAGGUUGGAAGGUUUAAAUAUUUUGAAGAAUCUGACUGGUGGAUUUAUAGAUGUGUAUGAAGGUGGGAGCUCUGACAAUCUCCCUGGUUUACAAUGUUACACAUUGAUGAUGAAGUCAACCUCUCUUCAACAAGGAAUUUUGGACAAGCUUCAAAAUCAAAGGCCUGUCUACAAAGGUUUCCCACUGGAACUAGAGCUCUUAAUCACUCUUGGGGCAAUCCAUCCUUGGUUGAUAAGAACAACUGCUUGUUCUAAUCAAUAUUUCAGUGCGGAAGAAUUGGAGGAUCUUGAAAGAACUAAAUUGGAUGUCAAAUUUGGUUCAAAGGUCAGAUUUGUUAUGAGUCUUAUACCCAAGUGUGUGUUUAGAAGGGAAAAGGUCUUGAUCUUUUGCCAUAACAUUGCUCCGAUCAAUCUGUUUCUUGAGCUAUUUGCCACCAUUUUUCACUGGCGAAAGGGCAAAGAGGUGCUAGUGCUUCAAGGUGACAUCGAGCUCUUUGAGAGAGGGAGGGUGAUGGAUAAAUUUGAGGAGGCUGGUGGACCUUCAAAGGUUAUGUUGGCAUCUAUUACAGCCUGUGCUGAAGGGAUUAGCUUAACUGCAGCGUCACGAGUAAUAUUAUUGGAUUCUGAGUGGAAUCCUUCAAAGAGCAAGCAAGCAAUUGCUCGGGCGUUUCGACCAGGUCAGGACAAAGUUGUGUAUGUGUAUCAGCUCCUGGCUGCUGGCACACUGGAAGAAGAGAAAUACAGUAGAACUACAUGGAAGGAGUGGGUUUCAAGUAUGAUAUUUAGUGAAGAACUUGUUGAGGAUCCUUCUCGCUGGCAAGCACAAAAAAUUGAAGACGAACUACUGAGGGAGAUAGUGGAGGAAGACCGAGCUACAUUAUUUCACAGGAUAAUGAAGAUUGAGAAGGCAUCAAGUGUGAUCAGAGAAGGGGAAGGACGAAGCGUGAAGGGACAAUUGGGUGCAUGAGAAUCAAACUCUGGUUUCUGAGAUGAAACGAGGAAUAAAGAUCCUGGGUAUCCGAAUAGUCUGGUAUUAAGUUUUAUAUCCUCUGUCCAGGGAUGGUAUCGUAAAUUGUAAUUACUUCAGGAAAUGGAUUUUACAGUCGGCACAUGUAAUAAUCAGGCCUGAAAACUCACAUCUUCACUGAUGGUCUAUUUAAGGCUUGCAAGUCCUGCAGAUGGUGAGCUAAUACUACUUGACAGAAAAUCACUUCAUGUUCAAAGGUAUGAUUUAUUGUCA